AUGUCCAUCGUUCACAAAUAUGGAGUUGACCUUUGCUGGUCCCCCAUGAUCCUCGCCAAGGAGUUCAACCGUAGUAGUUUCGCUCGAGAUAGUGACUGGAGCUUCUCUACUGAACCCAAACAGCCGCCAACCAUUGUGCAGUUCGGUGCAAAUGUACCCCUGGAACUCGCUCGUGCAUCAGCACUCGUUGCUCCUUCCAGUCAAGGCGUUGAUCUCAAUUGUGGAUGUCCUCAAUCUUGGGCUUGCGCUGAGACUCUAGGCGCUGCUUUGAUGAACCAUCGUGAGCUAGUCCGGGAUAUGGUCGUCGAGACCAGACAACGCCUAGCAAGUGACGGAUGGGGCGUCGGCCUCGAGAAGGAUAUUGACAGCCCCAAAGGACGAAGUAAUCGCCUUAUUGACUGGCUUACUAUUCACCCACGAACAAGAUCAACACCAUCAACUACCCCAAUCAGGACUGAGGCCCUCGAAAUUUUAACAGAGAAAUACUCAAAGAUACUCCCUAUUCUCCUCUCCGGAGAUGUCUUCGAUCUCUCCACCCUCCCCUUUCAGCCCACCAUCACCACCAACAACGAUACCCCUCUUCCAUGUAUCGACAAGCUAGUUCUCAACGACACAAACUCUGCUGUCAACAUGCCACGCCCCAGCAACACCCAUCUCUCAGGCUUCAUGUCUGCCCGUGGCCUUCUUGCCAACCCCGCCAUCUGCGCCGGCUACUCCGCUUGCCCCUGGGAAGCUGUUGAGACAUUCAUGUGCAAAGUGGCACGGGCUCCUGUGCCGUUCAAGCUGGUCCAGCACCAUGUCAUGGAGAUGACAGCGCCUGGAAUGGGCCCCGAUAAGACCUCGCUUCUAGAAAAGAAGGAGCGUGGUGAGAUUAUGAAGUUGAACAAUACCUGCGAAAUUGUCGACUAUCUUGAUGAAAAGAUCGAAGAGAAGACGGGGAGAGUUGGUGGCAUGAGACGGGAUCUGUGA